AUGCAACAGUUUGGUGCUAAAUUAAGUUUUACUACUGAAGAUCUAUCAUUUGAAGAGAGUGCGCAUCGUAUAGCAACUGGUAUAGCUGAUUUAGGUAGUGCUCAUUUACUUGCUAGUGAACAUAUAACUUCAGCCAAGUUUGCUGUUAUUAUUGAUCUGAAUUACGAUGAAAUUGCUCGAUCAGAAGAAAGUAUGCAACAAUUUUUGUUGGCCUUCGUUGAUGCUGUUGCUCAAGAUCUUUCUUGUGAAAAUGAUUUUGUUCGUAUCACAUCUGUUGAAAGAUCAAAGAAGCGUGAACGAAAGGCUGAAGUCAAUUUGGUUCUAACGACACCUGAAAAAACAAAAACAGAAGAGCUUGCCAAUAUUUUCAAGAAUCAUGCUCGAUCAGGCUUCUCAAAUAAUACUAUUCUUUGUUAUAUCAAACCAGAUAAAUAUCAAUGCCAAUGGAUGCUAGUUUUGUCUUAUUUACAACUUCAACCAUUUGAUUUCGAUCCAAAACACAAUUAUGAUUAUACGAAACCGGGUGUACCUGCAGAACUAAUGCGCGGUGACCUUCCAUACUAUCUACCAAUUGGUUGGUUUCGUCAUGCAAUCAAAGUCAACAAUAAAUAUAAAGAUGGUUCAGCUUGGCUUGGUUCUAGUAAUGGUCCAGGAGAAUGGCCAGUCGCUUUCCAUGGUACGAAGUCAACAGCAGUAAAAGGUAUUACCGAACAAGGUUUACUUGUCAGCAGCGUCAAAAAAGAUUACAUGAUUUAUGAAGCUAUUAUACAGAACGGUGAAGAAAUCAAGAACAUCAAUGUACACAUUUCACAUCUUGAAUAUCUGAUGACUUUCCAAGAUGAUUAUCCAAAUGCUUUUGAUUAUUAUUAUAUUGAUUCUACUCUUAAUCAUCUUUAUGAAAUUUUUGAAUAUUUAGUUGAAGGUAUGAAGUUAUGUUCAUGUCGAGCGUUUCAUAUCAAAUCAAUCAAUAGAUUUGACUAG